AAAAAUCAUUUAAUAUGCAAAGUGUAAAACUAGAAUAUAAAAGCAUUUCACAUUUUUUAAAAACAAAAUAACACCUUCUAAAUUAUUUAACAUAAGGCAGAGAUCCACAAUCUUUUAUCUGAAACCCCUGAGUCUAGAUGUUUCAGAAUGAGAAAUUUUCAGAUUUUAGAAAGGUAAUUCUAUGCAUACACCAUACUACAUUAACCCUUAUAAGAGUCUGUGGCAACACACCCCAAUUAAAAAAAACACAGUAAUAUUUAUGCGGAAAAAUAAAGGAAUAUUCACACUAAAUGGGAUAAGCAGAUUCAGUAUCAGAUCAGAAUAGAUCCAGACGCAAAUGAAUUUGUUAUCAAGCUUAUGAAAACCUUGUUUUCAGAACUUCUUGGAUUUUGAGGCUAUAAUUACAGAUAAAGGAAUGCAAACCUUUUGAAACAUGUAUGACAAGACAUAAAAGAUUAUUUAAACAAGUGACCCAUUUUUACAAAUGCAAAAACAUACAACCUUCAAAUACAUUAUAAAUUAACAGGCACCUUCUCUUUGAUAUUAUUAAAUGUACACCUUAAAUACAUAUACACAUAACACACAAUUCAUUACAGUCAGCUGAUAUCAAAGGCACAUAUGUCCAAUCCCAUACAUAAGAAAAGGAUUCUAUUAAAUGUGCAAUUAAAGAUGAGAUUCAUCUAACUCAAUGUGAUGCCAAGAAGAGCACUUGCUGAGAGCAACACAAGAAGGCAGGCUUAGUCUUCAGAAAGCCCAAGUUAACUUGUGAGCAUUCUCUUCCACAGAAACUCCAUAGACAAGCUUUACUUAAAAUGAACACUGGGCUUUCUGCAAGUUCGCUGCAGCUGUGCAGGCUUGAAUGGUUCUCUGUGUCCUGCUCUGAGCUCUGCUGUCGGGUGCUGUGAGGGGACUUCAGGGAAGCGGUGAAAUUGAGACAUGUAUGCAGUGACUUUUGAUGAUGUGCAUGUGAACUUCACUGGGGAAGAGUGGAAUUUGCUGGAUCCUUCCCAGAAGAGUCUCUACAAAGAGGUGAUGUUGGAGACCUACUGGAACCUCACUGCUAUAGGCUACAACUGGGAAGAUCAUUGUCAUAUUGAAGAACACUGUCAAAGUUCUAGAAGACAUGAAAGGCAAUUUUCACGUGCAAGCUGAUACAAAUAUGUCUCUGAGG